AUGAUGGCACUGAACUUGGGCGCAGUUUCAGCUCAAUGGCGGCCUUGCUCGCGCUUGAAGACGCUCUGCUUGGCUUCUCCGCCUGCUACCGACAAUCUCCGCCAACAACUUGAUAAUCUUCACAAGGAGGCGGACACCACAAGGGCCAAAGCCAAUAAUGCAAGGUUGAGACUCAUGCGCUUGUCUGAAGCAGUUGAAAAGCUUAGACGACAAGCAGCAGUUAGUGUCCAAACUGGAAAGGAGUAUGAUGCUAGGGAGUUGCUGUUUCAAAAAAAGAAGGUAACGCAGGCCAUGGAGAAGCUGAAGAGUCGUAUUGAAUUGCUAGAUGAGCUAUCUGCAAAGUUGAAUGAGGUAAUUUCCAUGAAGGAAACUCUACUAAUUGAGAAUAUGGCGUUGGAUCAUGAUGCAAGUGAGACAGAGGCCACCAGCCCCGUUCGAAUUGUAUCACCAACAAAGGAAAACUCAGUUACUUCUGAUGACGAUCAACACUUGGAUCUUAAUAGCCUACAAUGUCAAGAAGAAGAAGAAGAAGAAGAGCUGCGAAUUAUUCCCGAGAGUGAGUCGAAAAAUGAGGAAUCUAUUGUUGACAAAAGACGGACUGGUGCAAACAAUGUAUACACCUAUGAUGACUUCAUGAAAGGCAUAGAUCAACAGCUCGACAAAAUUGAACAAGAACUCGAGACAUUUCUAAGGUACUCAAACUUGCUUUUGGGGCACAAGAAAAAGCCGGAGUAUUCAAAGGUGCACCAUGCAACAGAAAUUCUGGCGGGCAUUCGUCGUAUUAGAAAUAGGAUCACGACUAUCAGGCAAACAGGGGAUAUCCAAUGA